CUUUCCCCCCUCGCACACAUACACCUCUGCCAGCCCAGGUUUGUCAUCGGAACAGCAAUUCCUGCUCCGAAACAGAAGCGGACUGUAGAACAGACACGCAGUUCUGUUGAAAACUGUCUCGAGCUCUAAAUUACUGCAAUGAAUGCAUGUUGGACCCGGACUGCGGUUUCUGCUACAAGAUGAACAAAUCAGCCGUCAUCGACUCCUCCUGUGUUCCAGUUAAUAAAGCAUCAACCAAUGAAGCCGCCUGGGGCAGGUGUGCAAAUGAAACUAAAUUCAAAACGGAGGAAGUAUUUUGGGCUUACAAUUUCUGUCCUACUCCAUACUCGUGGACUGCACUUCUGGGCCUUAUUUUAUAUCUGGUUUUCUUCGCACCUGGAAUGGGACCAAUGCCUUGGACGGUGAAUUCUGAAAUAUAUCCCCUUUGGGCCAGAAGCACAGGAAAUGCUUGUUCCUCUGGAAUAAAUUGGAUUUUCAACGUUCUGGUUUCGCUGACAUUCUUACACACAGCAGAGUAUCUUACAUACUAUGGAGCCUUCUUCCUCUAUGCCGGACUUGCUGCUGUCGGACUACUUUUCAUCUACGGCUGUCUUCCUGAGACCAAAGGGAAAAAAUUGGAGGAAAUUGAAUCACUCUUUGACAACAGGCUAUGCACAUGUGGCACUUCAGAUUCGGACGAAGGGAGAUAUAUUGAAUAUAUUCGAGUAAAAGGAAGUAACUAUCAUCUUUCUGACAACGAUGCUUCUGAUGUGGAAUAAUGUGCAGCUGCUGACACUAUACUUAGUUAGUGAAGAGCAGUAAUCGGUGACCUCACUGCCCUGCUUCAAAUCUCGUUCUUUCUACGGUCUAGUUUUGAAUGACUUCACAGUCUAGAAUACUUGAUUAGAAACAGGAUACAAUCCUGAUGAGUUUAGGGAUGUUUUUUGUUUUUGUUUUCACAAGCAGAAAUGUAAAAAAAAAAUUAAGUAGAGACUUUGAUUUAGUAGUUCUUGAACAAUUGUGUGUGACUCCUUCCUGAGGUCGUCUACAAUGAGUAUUGUACCCAGUGAUUAAAGUGGCCUCCAUUUUACCGAACACCAUAUUGUAAUUAUUAGUGGCAACAGAGUCAGUACUAAACUAGCCAAAUUCUGUACGACAGAAUAUAUUAAAAUAGGAUUCUUAUAGUCAGAUGGUGUUUAUGUCAAAACAUGACUUCCUGAGAAGUAGCCUAUCUGAACAGCUAUUAAAAGUAAAUUGCACUUACAUUUUGCCAACAAUUCAAAGGUUCCUUCUGUAAGCAUCCAGCUGUCCUUUGGAAUCCACAUUUUGAGUUCUGUUCCUAAUUCAGCCCUUAAGAGUUUCUAGACUGAUUCUGCAUAUGAUCUUUGAACAUUGUCAGAAGCAGGCCUUUUAGGUUUUAUUUUUACACAUGUACUUACAUCAGUGCUAAAUGCUUAGACGUUUUGAAAAGUGUAUUUUAUUGCUAGAUGAGAAACAAACGUGUUUUGUGGAUCCCUGCCUCAUACCUUGGUUCACAGUUGUACACAUCUGGUAGCUCCAGUUUCCCACUGUAUUUCAGGGACGGUUUUUGUUCACGCCACAGGCACCUGGUCAUCCCCAUGCCUUGUUCCUCAGUGACCCCGAAGUCUACGGUGUGCCUUCAUUUGUGUCACACAGAGAGUUGCUAGCAGACUGUUUCCCCCUUUCUUUUAAUCAAACACGAAUUCCUGAUAGAAAAAAGGAAUGAAGUUAAUGACAGACAUAAUUCUGCUUUACUCUGUGUUCAGGUCAAUUAAAAUCGUGGGGUAUAUUUUUACUUAGCAUUGUAUUAAUGUCAUAAGGAGUUCUCACAUAUUAGUAAUAUUUUUUUAUAUCUCAGAGCAUACCCUUCUCAUUUUCCUGAACAUUUACAAAGAUUUUAAAUAGAUUUGUGUGUUUCUUAGGUUUGCCUUGGACUUGUUUCCUCGUCUAGAAACUGGGAGUCUAGGAAUAUGCCCAGCUACACGUCAGCAAGCUCUUUUCAGGGCUUCAUUGGUCUUUAUGGUCAUUUAUUGUGAACUCUUUUUUUGGCACUCAGAGCAAGAACUACAUAGUACGUACAAAAUUAAUAGCUAGUUCCAAUGAAAAUGUGGAAGAAUCUUUCACGGCCAGUUAUGAAUGCACAAGUGUGAGGCAUUUGGAUAUGGCCCCAAGGAUCUAAUAAAGGACCAAUUUAGUGAAAAGCUAUCUUUAAAUUCAUAUUGUUUCAGUCAGUCUCCAAGAUGGUCAGUUCUCCUUUUAAAAUCAUGUGUGUUCCUUACACCAGUCCAAGCCGAGAAUUUCAUUUCAACUAGACAAAAACUCCAUCAG